AUGAAGUCCUCCGUCAUCAUCAGCGCCCUUGCCGUCUGCCUGCAUGGCACAUCCGCUCAACUAGUGGACAGUAGACAGGCCCUGUUGGAGAGGGUCAAGGAUCACAUCCACGGUCUUUGCCACGUUCCGCCAGAACAUGAACGGGAGCCCGCAAAUCUGAAGAAGGAGCAGACCUGCUUGUGUGCCGACUUGAGCAAAGACGGCAAGGGCCUCGACUUCUUUGGAAUCGCUAGCGCCGUCGCGCUGGCCCAGAACGUCAACAAUCAGGGCUGGGACAGAUAUUUCGUUGACUUUGGCAAGGAAUAUUGCAGCGUCGCCAACCCCACAGAGUCUUUUAGGCAAAUGGACAUUCGCUUGCAGCAGCGGCAUUGA